AUGAUUCUGUGGAUUAUUUGUUCCAGCUGUCUCUACUAUACAGCUAAUGCACAGAUGAGGAUACCGCCAGAAACGGUUCAGCAGUGGGCUGAGACAUUUGGAAAACAACUAGUUUCCAUUUCAACCAGAUACUCUGGAGCUCUUCUACUGCAGAAAAAAUAUAAGGAUGUGGAGUCUUUGGUGAAGAUAGAGGAGGUAGACGGCUCUGAACUGGUACAAAAAUUUGCUGAGGAGAUGGAGACCAUGCUGGGACGGAAGAUGAAAUCUGUGAAGAGACUGGCUGAGGCUGCGGAAGAUGCUGACCUGUAUCAUGAGUAUAAUGCGUCAUUACAGUUUGACUACUAUAACGCCAUGCUGAUCAAUACUAUGGAUGAGGAGGGCAACUUUAUUGAGCUAGGAGGAGAAUUUCCCCUGGAGGAGAAUGAACAUUUCAACAGACUCCCUGUUAACACACAGCAGAGUGACAUCCAGGUGCCUACUAAUGUCUACAACAAAGAUACUGAUAUUCUGAAUGGGGUGUAUAUGUCCGAAGCACUAAAUGAUAUUUUUGUGAGUAACUUUGAGAAAGAUCCCACACUCACGUGGCAGUACUUUGGCAGCUCGACUGGAUUCUUCAGACUUUACCCAGGUAUCCAGUGGACUCCAGAUGAGAAUGGUGUAGUCACAUUUGACUGCAGGAACAGAAACUGGUACAUUCAGGCUGCUACCUCUCCUAAAGACAUAGUGAUUGUGGUGGAUAUCAGUGGCAGUAUGAAGGGCCUGAGACUGACCAUUGCCAAACACACAAUCAACACCAUCCUGGACACGCUGGGGGAGAAUGACUUUGUCAAUGUCAUUGCAUAUAGUGAUUAUGUGCGUUAUGUGGAGCCCUGUUUUAAAGGCACACUAGUACAGGCUGAUCUAGACAACAGAGAGCACUUUAAGCUGCUGGUGGAGGAGCUGCAUGUAAAGGGAGAGGGCAAAGUGAAGAAAGCCAUGAAAGAGGCCUUCCGCAUCCUAAAUGAGGCUGCGGCAGCGGGUAGAGGUAGUCUGUGUAAUCAGGCUAUCAUGUUGAUCACUGAUGGAGCCAUGGAGGAUUUCCAGGAUGUGUUUGAAGAGUUCAACUGGCCUGAACGCAGGGUGCGUGUGUUUACUUAUCUGAUUGGCCGCGAGCUGACCUUUGAAGAUAAUGUGAAGUGGAUUGCCUGCAAUAAUAAAGGUUACUACACCCAUAUCUCCACUCUGGCUGAUGUUCAGGAGAAUGUGAUGGAGUAUCUGCAUGUGCUGAGUCGACCAAUGGUUAUCAACCAUGACCAUGACAUCAUCUGGACUGAGGCUUACAUGGAUAGUGUGCUGCCCAACACAGCAGAGCUUUUUAACAGUCAGGCUCAGAGUCUAUUGUUAAUGACAUCAGUGGCUAUGCCCGUGUUUAGUAAAAAAGAGGAGACGUUAUCUCAUGGCAUUUUGUUAGGUGUCGUGGGGACUGAUGUUCCUCUGAGAGAGUUGAUGAGAUUGGCUCCUCGGUAUAAGCUGGGAGUCCACGGUUAUGCAUUCCUCAUCACCAACAAUGGCUACAUCUUAUCCCACCCUGACCUCCGCCCUCUGUAUAAAGAGGGGAAGAAACUAAAGCCAAAGCCCAACUACAACAGUGUUGACUUGUCUGAGGUGGAGUGGGAGGAUACAGAAGAGAUACUGAGGACAGCGAUGGUGAAAGGGGAAACAGGAACACUGUCAUUGGGUGUGAGAGCCACGAUAGAGAAAGGGAGAAGAGUCUUAUUUCUGAGAAAUGACUAUUUUUACACCACAAUCAAUGAGACUCCAUUCAGUCUUGGUAUGGUGCUGACUCGGGGCCAUGGAGAAUAUAUCUUUGUUGGAAAUGUGUCUGUGGAAGAAGGUUUGCAUGACCUGACAGCAUCUGACGUGACUAUUGCUAAUGAGUGGACAUACUGUGAGACGGAUAUUGACCCUCAUCACCGUAAACUCACGCAGUUACAGGCCGUAAUCCGCUUCCUCAAAGGCAAAGAACCUGAUCUGGAAUGUGAUGGGGAUCUCUUGCGACAGACCUUGUUUGAUGCGGUGGUGACAGCUCCCAUGGAGGCAUAUUGGACAGCCAUAAUGCUUAAUGCUUCGGGAAUGGAUGAGGGGAUAGAGAUGGCGUUCCUGGGCACUCGCUCUGGGCUGAUGAGAGUGAUGAGAUAUGUGGGCAGUGAGAAACGAGUUGCCAAGAAGUUCCUGUCACUUGCAGACAAAGAGAAUAUUUUUACGCUGGACCAUUUCCCUUUAUGGUACCGCCGCGCAGCAGAAAAUCCAGCUGGGAAAUUCCUCUACUACGUUCCUAAAGAGGACACACGAGUGGUGGUGGCUACAACCUCAGUGACCGUUACUGUGGAGAAGAAGACAGCCAUCGCUGGAGCAAUUGGUGUACAGAUGACUGUUACCAUGCUGGAAAAGAGAUUCUGGGCCAUAGCUACUCAGGCCAAUGACACUGAUUGUUCCGGAGUGGAAGGCGUAUGCCCACUGAGUUGCGAGAGUAUUGACAUUAACUGCUAUGUCAUAGACAACAAUGCCUUCAUCAUCAUCUCCAAGGACAGGAGUGAUGUUGGACGGUUCUUUGGAGAGGUCGAUGGGUCUGUGAUGUCACGGCUGCUAAAAAUGGGCAUGUUUAAAAGGGUAUCACUGUUUGACUAUCAGGCCAUGUGUAAACCAUACCACCACUCUUCAAGCAGUGCACGGCCCCUACUCAGUCCUUUUUAUGGGCUGAUUGGUGCUCUGAAGUGGUUCCUGUCUAAUUUCCUGUUGUUUUUACUGGAAUUUAACAUCUGUGGCUUGUGGCACUCAGAUCAUUUUGUUGAAGCCAAGUCCUCAUUUCAUGCAACCCAUAAAAAGGUGAAAGUGGACUCUAUGCAACCAUGUGACACAGAGUAUCCAAGCCUCAUCUAUGAACCCUCCAUUAAAGAGACUAAUAGUCUCAUCAAAUGUGGACGCUGCCAGAAGGUGUUUGUGAUCCAGCAGAUCCCUGACAGUAAUCUUUUGCUGGUGGUGGUACAGGCAGACUGUGACUGUUCUCGCCAGCAUCCUCCCAUCACUCUGGAGCCCAGAGAGGUUAAAUAUAAUGCCUCAGUGAAGUGUGACAGAAUGAAGUCACAGAAGAUCCGGAGACGGCCAGAGUCCUGCCACGCCUAUCACCCUCAGGAGAAUGCUGAAGACUGUGGUGGUGCAUGUACAGUCUUGCUGUCCCUCAGGCUCUUUCUGGGCUGUUUAUUUGUCACAAUGCUCCGCCUCCUGCGAUGA